UGAAGAGAGUGAGGAGAGUCAGCGUGAGGAAGGGGGGUUUGCAGUUGAAGUUUGGAAGGAGCGAGAUCCAGUGUUGUAAUCUCCAGAUUCUGUGAUGGCUCCAACAGCGAUAACCAGUCCUGUUCCUGAUUCGUGGUAUCCCACACUCUCCGUCUUCACCCUCGCCAUCGGCCUCCUCUUAACUGCUUCUUUCUUCAUUUAUGAAGCAACCUCUUCUAGAAAAACUCGUUCCCUUGUUCAGGAGCUGACAACUGGAGCAGUGGCAUCAGUCUUCUUGGGUUUUGGGUCCUUGUUCCUCCUACUUGCUUGUGGCGUUUAUGUAUAAUUGAUCGAAUUGGAUGAAAUUUUUGCAAAGCAGAUAGCUUUAAAUGAAAAUUUGCAUUGGACGUUUUAGUUUUACAUGUGACUCAAGUUCUUCUUAAUCUAUUAUAAACAGUGUUGGUUAUGUGUAAUGCAAAAGAGGAUUAAUGAAUAUCUGAGAUCGUUUUCAGGCAUGAUUCUCGGGUAAUUUCUAUUUGCUGAAUGCUGAUGAACACAGCGUUAUAUGUGGUCUCCCUGAAUAGACGGGUUGGGCAUUUUGUUUAUGACUUUGUGUGUGUACCAUUUCGGCUCCGGGGACAAUUUACC